UAGUUGUUACCCUGACAGUCACCGACAAGCAACGCCGGCUUCCUUUUGACUCUCCCAGAAACAACACCGGCACAAAAGGAGGUCCCAAACGCCAACGAAGCGGAGAGGCACUCUUCUCUUGUUCCGGACGGAUUGGGCGAAUCGUCCCACGGCCUCUCCUCUAGACGCUAAGCUAGCUGGAGCGGCUCGUCCGUGUAACUCCUCCGGCAGUUGCCUAUCUGACGCCCGUUGGCGAGGGCUUGGUGUUGUCAGGUAGUUACCGCCGCACAUCUACUCGUCACUUCAUGUUCCUCUCCGUUAUGAGAUACUUGCAGUGCAAUCAAGGAGGAUCGACCCUUCCAGACUUCGAUACAUAAGCAGUGCGAAUCCGACGUCACCCCCCCCUCCGGUCGGCCCUCCACUCAUUGGCAAAUUUAGCCCCUGUUCAAACAGUGCGGAACGAAACAAUUUCUGCAUCUGAGUACCAGACUUUGCAGAUAGCACACGUCUUUGAAUACAGGACAAUAAGCCACUGGAGAGAGGCAUUUCUGAGAGGUUUCCCUUGGGUGAACUGGAAAAGUUGGUCUCUGCCUCUAAGUCAACGUCACGUGCUGUACUGAAAAAACGGGGUUUAUUUCAGGUCUGAAGUCUGAAGCCUUUUAGCUACAGCAUGCAUACUCCGUUACCAGAGCGAACUAUUCUCAACGAGGGGAGCGAGGAUGAAGUGGAGUGUUACGGUCUCAGGCGAGACACGCCGCGGACUGUCCUCUGCUACAUUCUGGGGGUCUUCACCGCUGGUCUGUUCUUGGCAGCCAUGUAUUGGAAGCCCAACUGGGCGGCCAGAUUCAUGUACCGGCAGUCGCGAUUGGACCAUGCGGAUACGGUUCUCCUCAAAGACAUGUACAAGCAGUGGUUUCUUGUUCGAGUGAGGUUUUCAAAGGACAGGCUUCCAAAGGAAAAAAGAAAGAAGAAAGGCCACCGAAAUCAAAAGGAGGACUUGAACGGAAGCAUGACGAACGAGACCCCUGGAAUGCGAUACAUACGAUUUCAGAAGUUGAAGUACAUUUGGGAUACAGAAGGAUUCAACUUUUAUAAACUAAGGGGUCUUGAAUCUGGUGUGACCUGCAAUGAAAUCUUUGAGACAUUCAAGGGAUUCACGGCCGACGAACAGAAAUCCCGGAGGGACAUUUACGGUGCCAACGAGAUCGACAUAGCGCUAAGGCCGCUGAUUGUUCUGUUUUUCCAGGAGGCUUUGAACCCGUUCUACGUAUUCCAAAUCUACAGCGUGUGCCUCUGGAUCUUUGGGUACCACUAUGUGUACUUCUCCCUGGCCAUAGUGCUGAUGUCUCUCAUCUCCAUCGCGCUGACGGUGUACAGUACCCGUCAGCAAAGCGUGACCCUGCGGCGUAUGGUCAAAACCACAGGUACAGUCACCAUUUGGAGGGGGAACCAACAGUUGGAGGAGAUCUCUAUUAAGGAUCUGGUUCCAGGCGAUUUGAUCGAGCUCCCGACUCGAGGAUGUAUGAUGAGCUGCGAUGCCGUUCUCAUCAGCGGAAACUGCAUUGUCAACGAGAGCAUGUUGACCGGUGAGUCAGUGCCAAUCACCAAGACACCGCUGCCAUGUCCUCCGCUGGGAGAGGACGAGCAGUCCCCUAUGUACUCACCAGACACCCACAAGAGACAUACGCUGUUCUGCGGUACUGAAAUACUGCAAGGGCGGUCGGCUGAGAAUCAGCCUAUACUGGCGGUGGUUGUCAGAACAGGUUUUUCCACAGCAAAGGGUUCGUUGGUCAGGUCGAUUCUCUUCCCCAAACCAAUCGACUUCAAACUGCACAGAGACGCCAUCAGGUUCAUCUGCAUUCUGGCCAGCAUUGCGUUCAUUGGGGCGACCUACGUUAUCACAAUCAAGAUUCUCCACCAUGCCAAGACGCAUGACAUUAUUCUGAAAGCUUUAGACGUCUUCACGAUUGCCGUGCCCCCAGCCUUGCCAGCAGCGUUGACCAUCGGUAUGGUUUACGCUCAGAGGCGGUUGAAGAACCUCAGGAUUUUCUGCAUCAGCCCCCAGAGGAUUAAUUUAGCAGGCAUGCUCGACGUCAUCUGUUUCGAUAAGACAGGUACCCUGACUGAAGAUCACCUUGAACUGCUGGCCGUGUCGCAUGUCAAGAAGGAUAGUUUCGUCAUGGUGUCGGAUCCUUCCAAACUUCCCUUUGGGCCGUUUGUGGCCGCCAUGGCAACCUGUCAUUCCUUGACAAUGAUUGAUGGGGAACUUAAAGGUGAUCCGCUGGACCUGCAGAUGUUCCAGUCCAUCAAGUGGAACUUAAUCGAACCGAAGGAAGGAGAACUGGGAAACUUCGAUUACUACAUGCCAACCGUUGUCCACUCGUCUGAAGGCGAAGAGAAAGUGGAGAUUGGAAUAGUUAAGCAGUUUCCUUUCUCGUCAGGCCUCCAACGAAUGAGCGUCAUCACCAAGACGUCCAAUGCACUCAACUACAGUAUUUUUGUCAAGGGCGCUCCUGAGACGGUGGCCCUGAUGUGUGACCCUUCGUCAGUUCCUCCAGACUUUGAAGAAGUUUUGAGGGAUUACACUCAGCAAGGAUUGCGGGUUCUUGCUAUCGCAAAUCGCGAACUGGGCAAAAAACUCAGCUACAAAGCAGUUCAACAGUUGCAGAGGCACGAGGUCGAGUGCGACCUCCAGAUGCUUGGACUGAUAAUAUUGCAGAACACGCUGAAGCCUCAGACAGCUCCCGUUAUCGCUCAGCUCAAAAAGGCCGACCUCAGAGUUGUCAUGGUAACAGGUGACAACAAACUUACCGCCAUUCACAUGGCGCGAAAGUGUGGCAUGAUCGGGCCAACGGAGGCCGUUAUCGAAGUGGAGGCUACGCCCCCUGUCGGCAACCAGCAGCCAACCGUGAAGUGGACGCCGGUUGAAGCUCAUAUGCACUACGGUAACAACAGCAUUAAGAACUGUCGGCGGGAGAAUGGACAGAUACCGGACGAAGUUCAGUUGACGUUUUCAGGUGCCGAGGCAGCCAUUGACAUUAACUCAUACCACUUUGCCAUGGACGGCAAGACGUACGCUGUCAUGGUUGAACACUUUCCGGAACUCAUGCCCAAGAUAGCAGCUAGGGGGACAGUGUUCGCCCGCAUGUCUCCAGACCAGAAGGCUCAGCUCAUCGAAGCAAUUCAAGAUCUUGACCUACAUGUUGGUAUGUGCGGCGACGGGGCAAAUGACUGCGGCGCUCUCAAGACGGCUCACACCGGCAUUUCACUGUCCGAGGCCGAGGCGUCUGUGGCCUCGCCGUUCACCUCUCAGAUUCAGAACAUCGAAUGCGUACCCAUCCUCAUCAAGGAGGGGCGUGCCGCUCUUGUGACGUCAUUCGGUGUCUUCAAGUACAUGGCCAUCUACAGUAUGAUCCAGUUCACUUCCGUCAUCAUUUUGAAUUCCGUGGAUGGUUUUCCUAGCGAUGCCAUGUUCAUGUAUUGGGAUAUCGCCAUCACUACGACAGUUGCACUGUUGAUCGCACGCAACGAGGCGUACCACACCAUCGUCAAGCGCAAGCCGCAGGCCAACCUGACCGAUCCCUCCAUCCUCUUCUCUGUCUUCGGUCACAUUCUGUUGCAGCUCCUCGUCCAGGUCGUGGCGUACAUCAUGCUCACCGUUCAACCCUGGUUUACACCGCUAGUUCCUGACAAGUCCGGCAUCGUCAAUGCCUUCAACUUCGAGGCUACCACAAUGUUCUUCAUCUCAUCAUUCCUAUACAUUGUGGUCUCCUUCCUUUUCUCAAGGGGACCGCCCUACCGAAAACCGAUUUACACCAACAUUUUGUUUACCAUCGAUCUGAUCGUGCUGCUUUUGUUCACCACUUUCGUGCUUAUGGUGUAUGUUCGACCAAUAUACGACUUCAUUUUGUUGAAGAAUGUUCCUCUUAAUUUUCGAUGUAUGAUCCUUGGGCUGGCCGUAGCCUAUCUCGUAUGCCGCCUUCUGCUUGAAGUAAGUUACCUGAGUUCAGAUAGACUUAAGUUUUUCACGUGGUGUAAUUCGACAACCGUAAUUAAAAGCCGUUACUGAGGUGGCACAACGCGU